AUGCCCGCCGUCUCUGUCCUUUACAAAGGAGCCAUCAUCAUCAGCAGGACACUCAUGGGACCGUACGGGAUGGACCGAACCGUGCACUGCUUCGAUUUCUACGACUGUGCGAACGGGCUGGGUAUUAAGGUAAUUGGUGGUAUCAAGGAACUGUCUGGAGAAGAAUACGGAGUUUAUGUCAAGAGGAUCCUUCCAGGGGGUGUUGCUUAUGUGGAUGGGCGCCUGCAGCCAGGAGACCAGAUCCUCGAGGUCAAUGGAGAUUCCCUAAUUGGAGUGACAAGUGAGAGGGCUGUGGACAUCCUGAGGACGGCAUCGGCCACCAGCCACAUGCGCCUUCUUAUAGCCCGCGAUGAUGACGCCAGGAGAGAGUUCUCCGAGCUGUUGGAGAAGUUUGGCUCCCAGAGCAACACCGGCUCUGCGCGGAGCUCGCCGAUCCUGCACGGCGGCAGUCGAUACCUGGAAAGCACAUCCUCAGGCUCCUCCUCGCGCUCACAGAGCCCGCUGCUGCUGAGCCCCGCCAAUUCCCACGGCCCCUUCAUCGGCAACCCGGCGCACCCCCCGCACGCACACUACUCCAUUGAAUCAGGAAUCCAGAGCAUUUCUAUAGCAAAGUCCUCCGGCUUAGGGCUGACGAUCAGUGGUGGAUCUAACAGGCCUGAUGGCCCAAUGAUUUAUGUUCAAGAGCUUAUGCCAGAUGGUGACUGUUACAAGGAUGGUCGGCUCCGACCCGGUGACCAACUGAUCGCUAUCAAUAAAGAUUCUUUGGUGGGCAGCACACAUGAAGAGGCCAGAAAAAUAAUUGCAAAAGCCAAACUCAGAAUACACGUGAAAACAAUUUUCCUGUGCCUUCUUUGUCACCGGAUGUUUGCCCACCAGAACUUACCGUCUCAGGUUCUGCAGUAUCUUGGUCUGGAUGUGACUGAGGAAAAGAAGAGGCAGUUACGGCAAAGCUUGACCACAGACUCGCAGGGGACGGUGGCCUACGGAGAUCUUCUCCAAGCACUCAGAGAUCUGAUGCAGGAGGAGCUGGAUGAAGCUGGUCUGGAUUCCAACUCUAUGCUCUUCACACAGCACGAAGUGGCAAGUUUGCUGGAUACAUCGGCUUUUCACUCCCCGGCCUUUGAUUCUCUCAGCUGUAACAGCAACGAGGAGCUGGAGCAGCUGCAGCUGGAAAUGAUGGAUCUGCGGCAAGAAGUCCGAAGGCUAAAGUCCCUCCUGAAAGAGGUGGAGAGCAGCAAGAAGUCAAUGGAAGAUGAGCUUCAGAGACUGAACCAGAAAGCUCUUGGCUUCCUCUCCGAGAACCGCACACUGCACAACAAGCUGCAGAUGGCUGAGGUUGUGCAGAGACAGGCUCACAGCGCGGAGCAGGACUACGAGGAAGUGAUCCACUUGCUGGAAGCUGAAAUUGCAGAACUGAAGAUACAAUUGGUGGGGAAGAAAGCAAAACACGUCUCUGAAAUUGAGGAGGACAUCCUGGAACUGAAGAGACAGUUGUCGCUGGCUGACGGCCAGUUACGAAAAUCAGAAGUCUCACGGAAGCGCCUGGAGAUCUGCAACAGGAAACUGCUCCUGUUUGUGCAG